AUGACGGUGACGGCCUCGGCCAGCCGUGGCAAGGACGCAAAGCUGGCACCCGAGAGUGAGCGCUUCCUACGAUGCUGUGCCGACCUUGCGAAUGCCCUCAUCGAGGAUCAUGAGUCGUCCAAGGAUCCCCGCAAGCCUAAGCGCGACAUCAACCUCAACGGCCUCCGAUCCAAGCUUGCGCGCAAGCACAAACUCGCGAACCUGCCGCCCCUCACAGCCAUCAUUGCCGCCGUGCCCGAGCACUACAAGAAGUACAUUCUGCCAAAACUCGUGGCAAAACCCAUCCGCACCUCGUCAGGCAUAGCUGUCGUCGCCGUCAUGUGCAAGCCUCAUCGAUGUCCGCACAUCGCUUAUACCGGCAACAUCUGUGUCUAUUGCCCGGGAGGUCCAGACUCCGACUUCGAGUACAGCACACAAUCCUACACUGGCUACGAGCCAACAUCUAUGCGAGCAAUCCGUGCCCGUUACGAUCCGUUCGAGCAGGCCCGUGGCCGAGUGGACCAGAUCAAGUCUCUCGGGCAUUCGGUGGACAAGGUCGAAUACAUCAUCAUGGGCGGAACAUUCAUGUCCUUGCCCGUGUCGUACCGCGAAGAGUUCAUCUCACAGCUCCACAACGCGUUGAGCGGCUACCAGACGACCAAUGUCGAUGAGGCCGUAGAGGCAGGCGAGAUGAGCAACAUCAAGUGUGUGGGCAUCACGAUCGAGACUCGGCCAGACUACUGCUGGCAGCCUCACCUUACAGACAUGCUGCGGUACGGCUGCACUCGUCUUGAGAUUGGUGUGCAGUCCCUGUACGAGGAUGUUGCGCGCGACACCAACCGCGGCCACACGGUAGCGGCGGUGGCAGAGACAUUCUGCCUGGCCAAGGAUGCAGGGUUCAAGGUUGUGUCGCACAUGAUGCCUGAUUUGCCCAAUGUCGGCAUGGAGCGCGACCUGGACCAGUUCAGAGAAUACUUUGAGAAUCCUGCCUUCCGGACAGAUGGUCUGAAAAUCUAUCCAACGCUGGUCAUUCGUGGCACUGGGCUCUACGAGCUGUGGCGGACAGGACGCUAUCAGAACUACACACCAAAUGCGCUGAUCGACAUUGUUGCAAGGAUCCUUGCCCUCGUCCCGCCGUGGACCAGAAUCUACCGAGUACAGAGAGAUAUUCCUAUGCCGCUGGUCACAUCUGGCGUCGAGAACGGCAACCUCCGAGAGCUGGCGCUGGCUCGCAUGAAGGACUUUGGCACAACCUGCCGUGACGUGCGGACCCGCGAGGUCGGCAUCAACGAGGUCAAGAACAAGAUUCGGCCCAAUCAGAUUGAGCUAGUACGCCGCGAUUACACUGCCAACGGCGGCUGGGAGACAUUCCUGGCAUACGAAGACCCCAAGCAGGACAUUUUGGUUGGUCUCCUGCGCUUGCGCAAGUGUACAGAGAAGUACACGUACCGGGAGGAGCUCACGGGCCAGCAGACGAGUCUGGUGCGCGAGCUGCACGUGUACGGUACUGCCGUGCCUGUUCACGCGCGCGAUCCCAAAAAGUUCCAGCACCAGGGCUUCGGUACCCUGCUCAUGGAGGAAGCAGAACGUAUCGCCAGAGACGAGCACGGCAGCGAGAAGAUUAGUGUCAUCAGUGGUGUCGGUGUGCGCAGCUACUACAAGAAGCUCGGCUACUGGCUCGAUGGACCUUACAUGAGCAAGUGGCUCGAUGGUCGGGAGGGCCCUGAAGCUUGA